AUGGCUAUGAAUAUUGACAGACGGAGAAAUAAUGCGCCCAGUGGUGGAACAAGUGCUCCUGUAUUUGCGCGCACCAUCAGAGAGCCGCAAUAUGUCGAAAAGUUGAGACCGACAAGAUCAAGAGGCCUAAAUGAGCUUCGCAGGAUCUUCCUCCAAACGUCCAUCAUACCCUCUGCGUCCGGCUCCGCUUACCUUGAGAUACCGUCGUCUUCGGCUGCGAACCAUUCUAGCCUCAUCGCACCAACCUCAUCACUUAAGAUAACGGCCUCAAUACAAGGUCCAAAGCCCCUCCCCCGCAGCGCGCCCUUUAGCCCUUCGCUUCUCCUUACGACUACUGUGAAAUUUGCACCGUUUGCAACACGGCAUAGGCGGGGCUAUCUACGCGACGCAACAGAACGCGACUUGGGCGUGCAUCUGGAGACAGCACUACGAGGCGUCAUCAUUGGUGAGAGAUGGCCCAAGAGUGGCGUGGAAGUUGUGGUCACAAUUCUUGAGGGUGAUGAAGAUGGCUGGUGGGGUGAUUUGGCAAGCGGGGGAAGUGCGGCAGGAAGUGGAUGGGGGCUCUUGAACGUUUUGGCAGGCUGCAUCACGGUUGCCAGUGCUGCGAUAACAGACGCAGGAAUUGAUUGCGUGGAUGUAGUAUGUGGAGGAGUGGCUGCCAUUGUACGAAAUCCGUCGUCGAAAAACGAGCAAGAGCUGCUUAGGAUUCUGGACCCAUGUCCUGCGGAACACAAGGAAGUGGUUGCAGCGUGCGUAGUGGGCUACUUGGCUUCAAGAGACGAGAUCACGGAGAUGUGGAUGAAGGGAGACGUUGGUGCAGAACCAGAUGCGCUCAUUGAGGGAGCUACACACGCGGCUGUGGGCAGCCUCGCGGUAGUCAAGGAGGUAUUGCUCGAGGCAGUUCAGGCCAAGUUUCAAAAGCAAGUCGAGGGCGGCGAGAGCGGCGUGAAGAGAAAGGCGCAGGACGUGGACAUGAGUGGAUGA